UUACUUUGGUUCAGUUGUCUGCCGCCGACAGCGAGCGGGAGGAGGUGUGUGUCUGACAGCCACGAGAACAACCAAAACCUUCAAUUUAGAGAUUAUUUUUUUUUAAAAUACCUGUGUUGGUCCUGUGUUGGCUUUUACUUUUUUCCGCUUUAGCUGAUGCUGAGAUGAAGCAGAGAUCCUCAGCGCACACACCCGGACGCACGGCGCAUCUCCACUGAGAGAGACGCGGAGAGAGGGGGGAGGAAGGUCAAUCUGGAGUUUUGCACAUGGAUAUGUUAUCUCAAACUUCUUGCGAAUCAUGUUAAUCAAAGAUAAUAAUAAUUAUAUUCCCCUACACUUAUGAUUGAUUUCGCUUUCCUCCUGCGUACACCGGAUGAGAAUCGAGCUUUUUUUUUAGCGUGUUUGUUUGUUUUUUGGAAGGGAUGUUCUUUAUCACGGCACGGAUAGCGGAUCCUUGACUCACUUUGGCUUUUCUUGGCACAUAUGAAGAUCCUAUCCAGGAUGUUACAGUCUAAGCGGCCCAGGCAUCAUUGGGCCACCGUUCACUACCAUCACCACAUAUCACCACAUAGCUGGGGGUCCUGCUGUGUCUAGGAGUCACCUACCCUGCACCACUCUGCCUCUGUCUGGGGGAAGAAAAGGGAAUCUUAUUCCAGAAGUGACUUGGUGAACAUUGACAUUGGCUUUACGAGUCUCAUCUCUGGGCUACUAUGCAAUUACAACUGAUCUCCUUUGUUUUGAUCAUCUUGCACUGCAUGGAUUACACUGGUUGUCAGCAGCACAGCAGCUCCAGGCACCGGCAACAUAAACAGAUCUCUGGUGUGAGCUCAGGGUGCCAGCAGGGUGGCUGUCUGACCUGCUCUGACUACAAUGGCUGCCUGUCCUGCAAGCCGCGCUUCUUCAUGCAUCUGGAGAGGAUUGGGAUGAAGCAGAUCGGGGUGUGCAUGACUUCCUGUCCCCCGGGCUUUUAUGGCACGCGCUCCCCAGAAAGAAACACCUGCACAAAGUGCAGGUCGGAGUGCGACUCCUGCUUCAACAAGAACUUCUGCACACGCUGCCGAGCAGGAUUCUACCUUCACCUGGGCAAGUGCCAGGAGAACUGCCCUGAGGGGCUGGUCCGCAGCGACACACAGAGGGAGUGUGUUCCUGGGUGCCCUGCAGAGUGCGAGGCUUGUGUGAACAGUGAGACAUGUUCGCAGUGCCGGCCAGGCCUGUACCAGCUCAGCGGGAGGUGCCACCAUGUCUGUCCAGAGGACCACGAGCAUAAUGACAAAAUCAUGGAGUGCACACCACAAGUGCACUGCGAGGUGGGUGAGUGGAGCGAGUGGAGCCCCUGCUCUCGGUCCGGUAGAACCUGUGGGUUCAAGCGGGGCCAGGAGACCCGCACACGUCAGGUCCUCCUGCAACCAUCACCUUUUGGCAAUCCCUGCCCCGAGAUCUCAGAUAUCAAAGAGUGCCUGGUCAAGAGGAGGAAAUGUCCAGGAGGGCGGAAGAAGAAUGAGCGAAGGGAACGGAGGAAUCGCAACAACCGGAAAGAUAAGGAGAACCAAGAGGGCCGACGGGAGAGGAAGAGAGAAAGGGAGCAAGAGAUGGAGAGAGACACAGGUGAACGCGAAGACUCUGAUAACAGGAACAAAACGGAGCACAGACAUCGCAGAGGCCAUGACACAGACCCAGUGUCCCCUGAAGACAGCCUUGUACAAUAGGGCUCUGGUCAGACAAAGUCUAGCGCCUCCCCAACUUCCUCCUGUUAUCCUUCCAUUCUUCCCUCUCCAAAACCUCCCCCACUGUUCACCCCCCUUGACCCCUCUCUGCAGGGGUGUUGCUGCUACCUGUAUGAUUUGAAUAUAAUGUUUAUGCACAAGCGGGAUAGGGCGCAUUUAGCCACAAGGCUUGGGCCACUAUGGACUUAAAAAAGUAUUUUUUUUUUUCUACCCUGUAGCCCCUACUCCUUCACUUCCACCACUAAGAGAGUGGCUCUGUUGAAAAGUGCAGGAGACACUGCUGAGACUGCUGUUGGGACUGAAGAACAAAGUGAGAAAUGUCUGUGACUGUGUGGACUGGCGUACAGACGGACAGAGCGGCAAAGACGUUAUACUAUGUGCUUGUUGAUAUGGUUAUUUAAUGGGGCCCUGGUACAACAUUGCGCGUCUUGGUUUUUUGAAUGUAGAUUUCGCAACAUUAUGUAGAACAAUUGUUUAUUAUUGUUGUUCCUGUUCUUUAGAUCUCUUUACUUUAUUUUAUUUGGUGCAGAAUUUGUAAAGAUAAAAAUAAAAAAGUGAGUUUGUUAUUGCCACCUUGUGACAUCUUCAUAAUCACUACAAGUGACAGAUGUAGGAGAACCUGCAUGCUGUGAAUCAAAACAGUGUGGUCACAAACGGAAAACCAUUAACAUGUGUUCUGUCUUGGACAAAAGCUAGUUUUAUCCAGAUAAGUAAUGAGUCUAAUCUACCAUUGGUUUUUAUUUUCGUGUAAAUGGAAUCUGUGCUCUCAGUAAAGCUCCUCGACUAGGAACCAAAAG